CUUUGGAGAGGAGCCGGUCCAGCCCCUUCCCUGAAUGACAGCAGCCAGCGAGUCUCAGGCUCAACUCGCCAGCCAAUCCACUCACCCACAGAAAGCUGGUGCAAAGUUCCGGGAAAGUUUCGGAAAGUUCGGACAGGGGUCUGGAAAUGGGGGUUGCGUGGUUAGCAGUGAGACUUCAAAUCCUCUUUGUCCUGGGCACAGGGGCAGGGGUCGGCGCCUCGGAGACUGAGAAGAGACUUCUCAACAAGUUGUUUGAGUCCUAUAAUCUCAAUGUGCGACCAGCGCAGACAGCGGACGAGAGCGUGACAGUGAGAGUGGGGAUGACCCUCUCACAGCUGAUCAGCCUGAAUGAAAAGAAUGAGGAAAUGACCACGAACGUCUUCAUGAAUCUGGCCUGGACGGAUUAUCGAUUGAGGUGGGACCCGAAGGAUUACGAUGGCAUCGACGUUCUACGGAUUCCGUGCGGCAAAGUGUGGCUCCCGGACAUUGUGCUGCUGAACAACAAUGAUGGUAAUUUCGAAGUGGCACUGCUAGUUAAUGUGUUGGUACAGCACACUGGCGUGGUCAGCUGGCUCCCCCCUGCCAUCUACCGAAGCUCCUGUGCCAUCAGGGUCAAGUACUUCCCCUUUGACUGGCAGAACUGCACCAUGGUUUUCAAAUCUUACACGUACGAUGCCUCGGAGGUGACCCUGGAGCACUCCCUGGACAACUCGGGGAGGUACGAGAUCAGAGAGGUGAUCAUCGACAAGAACGCCUUCACUGAGAACGGCGAGUGGCAAAUCCAGCACAAACCCUCACGCAAGAACGUGCUGAGUCACGACCCAAGCUAUGAGGACAUCACCUUUUACCUCAUCAUCCAGCGCAAGCCCCUCUUCUACAUCGUGAACAUCAUCAUUCCCUGUGUCCUCAUCAGUAUUUUAGCCAUCUUGGUGUUCUACCUCCCUCCUGAUGCAGGUGAGAAGAUGACGCUCUCAAUCUCCGUCCUGCUGGCCCUCACUGUCUUCCUGCUGUUGCUGGCUGACAAGGUCCCAGAGACCUCAUUGGGGGUCCCCAUCAUCGUCAACUACCUGAUGUUCACCAUGAUUCUCGUCACCUUCUCGGUCAUCCUCAGUGUGGUGGUCUUAAACCUUCAUCACCGUUCCCCAACCACACACGCCAUGCCCCACUGGGUCAGACAGAUUUUCAUCCAAGUGUUACCCAAGUACCUGAGGAUCCAGAGGCCUAAAGUGGAGGCCUCAGAGAGUGAGAAACGUGUGGCUCUGAGCCGUGUCACCGACGAAUACUUCAUCCGAAAACCUGCCAUGGACUUGAACAACCUGAAGGCGAACAUGAGAGUGGAUUUGCCCCCAAGCCACCUGUUUCCUGAGAUAAACAGAUACAUAAACGGCCUUGUUCCCCAAAUGGUAUUGCCCCCAGAUCUGAAAGGAGCUGUGGACGCCAUCAAAUACAUCGCCAAGGAGCUACAGGGGCAAGAGGAAUAUGACAAGCUGAAGGAGGACUGGCAGUACGUGGCUAUGGUCGUGGACCGGCUGUUCCUAUGGGUCUUCGUCACCUUCACCUCACUGGGAACGCUCGCCAUCUUCCUAGAUGCCAGCUACAAUGUUCCUCCUGUCGAUCCCUUCGACCCCUUGGCGUAAUGCCGACCCCUGGCAGUUCUAUUCCCCCCCACCAUUUGAGUAAAAGCGUCUUCCCUCCCCAAUCCACCCCAUUCUCCAGUCUCUGGUGUGAACGCAACGCGCUGGGCAACAGUUUCGUUAGAAAACUGUCUCCUUUUUCCAAUUUUGUACAAGAAAUGUUUAGCCUUCCCGCUCUCACUUCUAGGCCAGGGAGUUAAAUCUCUCUCUCUCUCUCUGUUCCCAGCUGGAUCCUUCACCCCCUCCACAGUGUAGUCCAGCUACUGAAGCUAGGUCAGGAUCUCUCUGUAGGAAACCUGAAACCCUUUGCUUCGCAUUGUGAGGUUAUUCUCUUGAGCAAGAAGCAUGAAAAACAAACAGUAUUAUCUAAACAGGGAACAACUGUAGGAUUCCAAGACACAGAGGCACUUGGGCGUUCUGGGACGUGAGUCACAAUUUGCUAAUAAUAGUGCAGAAUGCUAAUGGGAUGUAAUUAUUUAAUGAGAGGAAUCGAAUGAAAAGUAAGCUCUGAAGUCACGCUGGACUCGAAACGUUAACUUUUGUUACCCUCUCCACAAAUGCUGCCAGACUUGCUGAGUUUGUCUGGAAUUCACUGUUAGAUUAGAUUCCUGACCGUGUGGAAACAGGCCCACCGACUCUCCGAAGAGUAACCCACCCAGACCCAUUUCCCUCUGACUAACGCACCUAACACUCUGGGCAAUGUAGCACGGCCAGUUCACCCGGACCUGCACAUCUUUGGAUGGAAACCGGAGCACCCCCCACACGGACAGUCACCCGAGGCAGGAAUCGAACCUGGGACCCUGGUGCUGUGAGGCAGCAAUGCUAACCACUGAGCCACCACGUUUCUUUCAGAGUUCCAGCAUCCGCUAUGUUUUGCCUUAAUAAAAGUAGGAAUGCUAUGCUCCAGUUGCACAGGACAUUGGUGAGACCACAUACCUAUACAAGGUAUUCGCCAAAAACGGAUACCCGCACAACUUCAUCAACAGAUGCCUAAGAGACAGACCACGGAACGAGGACAUGCCACAACCAAAAGGACUAGCCACACUACCAUACAUCAGGAGCGUUUCAGAACUGACAGCCAGACUACUGCGACCCUUAGGACUCAUAACGGCACACAAACCAACAGCCAUGCUCAGACAACAACUUACUAGAACAAAGGAGCCAAUACCCAACAUGAGCAAAACUAAUGUAGUUUACAAAAUACCAUGCAAGGACUGCACAAAACACUAUAUAGGACAAACAGGAAGACAACUAACAAUCCGCAUACAUGAACACCAACUAGCCACGAAAUGACACGACCAGCUAUCCCUAGUAGCCACACACUCAGACAACAAGCAACAUGAAUUCGACUGGGAAAACACUACUAUCAUAGGGCAAGCCAGACAGAGAACAGCCAGGGAAUUCCUAGAGGCAUGGCAUUCAUCCACAAACUCCAUCAACAGACACAUCGACCUGGACCCAAUAUACCAACCACUACAGCGGACAGCUGAAACUGACACCCGGAAGCGGCAAGGACAGACCACUAUAAAUACCGGAAGAAACAUCAAAGAAGCGCUUCGCAGGAGGCUCCAGAGCACUGAUGAUGUCUCCUAGCCAGGGGACGAAACGUUUUGCAACAAAAACUUCCAGCUCGGCGAACAGAACCACAACACAUACUGUACAGUUCCGACUUCCUUAUUUAAAGGAAAGAUUGGAGGUGUUUCAGGGACAUUUCCCCACUUGGCUCCUGGAAGUCUAUGAGAACAGAUUGGACCGGCUGGGAUUGUUUCCGCUGGUUGUUUGGAAGACUGAGGGGCUGGCUUGAAUUUAAUGAUCCUGAAUUGGCUUGACAAAGUAGAGGUUGGAAAAGUAUUCCCCUGUUAAGGGUGAGCCGCAAAACUAGCGAGAACAGCUUUAAAAUUUCAGGCCAUCCGUGAACGUCAGAGUCUGUACAUGGUACACACUGUUGCCACUGCACAUCUAUGGUGGAGAGAGUGACUGUCGGAGGUUGUGGAUGAGUUGCCAGUCAAACAAACUGCUUUGUAAUGGUAUUGGGUUUCGUGUUGUUAGAGCUGCACUCAUAGAGUCAGAGAGAUGUGCAGAACGGGGUUACUUUCUGACCUUGUAGACUGUGAAGGAGUAAAAAUGGCCUUUGCAGUGAUAUGUACUUAGAGUCAUAGAGAUGUACAGCACGGAAACAGACCCUUCGGCCCAACCCGUCCAUGCCGACCAGAUAUCCCAACCCAAUCUAGUCCCACCUGCCAGCACCCGGCCCAUAUCCCUCCAAACCCUUCCUAUUCAUAUACCCAUCCAGAUGCCUCUUAAAUGUUGCAAUUGUACCAGCCUCCACCACUUCCUCUGGCAGCUCAUUCCAUACACGUACCACCCUCUGUGUGAAAAAGUUGCCCCUUAGGUCUCUUUUAUAUCUUUCCCCUCUCACCCUAAACUUAUGCCCUCUAGUUCUGGAUUGCCCGACCCCAGGGAAAAGACUUUGCCUAUUUAUCCUAUCCAUGCCCCUCAUAAUUUUGUAAACCUCUACAAGGUCACCCCUCACAGCCUCCCCAUGUGGGAAAGUGGGGAGUAUUCCAUCACACUCCUGACUUAUACCCUGUAGAUGGCAGAUAGGCUUUGGAGAGUUAUGAGUUACUUGCUGCAGGAUUCCUAACCUCUAACUUGCUCUUGUAGCCACUGUAUUGUUAUGGGGUGCAGUUAUUUAUAGUGAGGUCUGCAGAUGCUGGAGAUCAGAGCUGAAAAUGUGUUGCUGGUUAAAGCACAGCAGGUUAGGCAGCAUCCAAGGAGCAGGAAAUUCGACGUUUCGGGCCAGAGCCCUUCAUCAGGACUUCAUAGUGAUAGUUGGAGAUUCAGCGAUGGUAAUGCCAUUGAAUGACGAGGAAAAAAGGUGACAUUAGUUUUUGUUGGAGAUGGUCAUUGUCUGGUAGUUAUGUGGGGGCUGCCUUUUCCCACUCUAAGUGUUGUCCGGGAUCUGGACAUGGAAUACUUCAGUGGCGGAGGAGUUGCAAAUGGAACUCAACGCUGUGUAACCCAUCAGUGAACUAUGCCAUUCUAACGUUGUGAUGGAGGGAAAGUGAUUGAUGAAGCAUAGAAUAUAGAAAUGUACAGCACAGAACAGGCCCUUUGGCCACGAUGUUGUGCCGAGGGUUAAUCCUAAUGUAAAUUAAAAUAACUUAACCUAUGUGCCCCUCAACUCACUGCUAUCCAUGUGCAUGUCCAGCAAUCGCUUAAAUGUCCCUAAUGACUGCUUCCACCACCACCGCUGGCAACACGUUCCAUACAUUCACAACUCUCUGCAUAAAGAACCUACUUCUAACGUCCCCUCUAUACCUUUCUCUAAUUUCUUCAAACUAUGACCCCUCGUACCAGUCAAUCCUGCCCUGGGGAAAAGUCUCUGGCUAUUGACUCUAUCCUUUCCUCUCAUUAUACCUCGAUCAGGCCUCCUCUCUUCCUCCUUGUCUCCAGAGAGAAAAGUCUGAGUUUAUUCAACCUCUCUUCAUAAGGCAAGCCCUCCCAGUCCAGGCAGCAUCCUGGGAAACCUCCUUUACCCCCUCUCCAAAGCCUCUGUAUCUUUCCUAUAGUCGGGCGACCAGAACUGGACACAAUAUUCCAAGCAUCUGAAGGUGGCUGGCCUAGGAUACUACCUGGAUGACCUUAGGGCUUUUAUGGCAUAGUGGUAGUAUACGUACCUCUGAGCUAGGAGGUCUGGGUCAAGUCUCGGCUGUUCCAUGUUGCAUCGUAAUAUCUCUGACCAGGAUGAUUUAGCGAGUCUCUACCCUGAAGGUCUUGUAGGUGAGAUAAUUAACCUCCAACAAUCAUACCCAUCUUCAUUUGUCAUGAUUUGGAGUAGCGCCGGUGUUGGACUGGGGUGGACAAAGUUAAAAAUCACACACCACCAGG